AUGAACGAAGCACUAGGAUCAAUCUUCUCCGGCGCAAUCCCAAGCCAAUUCAUGGGUUCCCAGAACACCCCCGCCGACGGCGCAGCCCCAUCGGAGAGCAAAUCCAACACCCAAGAGCGCAUCGCCAAAGAAAUCCACACACGCGUCGAAGAAGCAAAAGGCCUGCAACAAAAAUCCCUCGAGCUCCAUGAAAAAGCCGAUAGUACAGAAGACCCCGAAGAAGCGGAGAAUAUACGGCAUGAAGCACGAGAGAUUGAUAAAAAGGCGGCUAAGCUCAUGAAGAUUGCUGAGAGACUAGAAAAGGGAUGGAUACAGGGCGGUGCGAUGGGGACGGGGAUAGGUGCGGGUGUGGCGAGUGGGCUGGGGCUGGGAGUCGGGGCGCUGUUGACGGGGGUCGUGGCGAUUCCGACGGCUGGGCUGGGGUUGCUCAUUGGCGCGGGGACGGGGCUUGCGCAUGGGAGUUGGGUCAAGUUUACGGAUGCGUUUACGAAGGAUGAGGCUGAUGAGAUUGUUAGUGAGGCUACGGAGGAGGCCGAGAAGAUUGCAAAGGGUUAG